AUGGGAAAUUGUGCACUAAAGCCAAAAGUUCUGUCGGAAGCCGGAGCUCCGGCACCGGAGGAGCUUAAGGAUUCACUUCUUGAAGAUCAGAAGAUCGACGCUGCGAAAUCUCUUAGCAACUUGUUCCUUCAAGACAAGGCAGAUAAGAAAAGUAAAGAGGACGAGAUGACAACACCGGAAAAGAUGCCGGUAGCUGAGGAUCUGAAAACAGCUUUUGCUGAUGCAAAAUCUCCAACAACAGAGGAAAAAUCUCCGGCAACGGAGACAGAAGCUCCAGCUGAAAAUCAGAAGGUUAUGAACGAAGAGGCCAUUCGUGGCCAGAAAGUGAUCGACGAUGCGACUGUGAAAGAGACAGAAACAGAGGCGAAGCCAGAGGAAGUCAGAAAAUAA